AUGGAUUCCUCCUGGUCUUCGCCCACGGGCAGCCUGGGCCCCACAGACCAGCAGUUGCAGCGUUUCGUGGAGGUGGAGACGCAGAGGCAGCGCGUGCAGCUGGUGAUCCACCACAUAACCGAGCUGUGCUGGGAGAAGUGCAUGGACAAGCCCCGGCCCAGGCUGGACGGGCGGGCCGAGGUCUGCCUGGUGAACUGCGUCGAGCGCUUCAUCGACACCAGCCAGUUCAUCCUGAAUCGCCUGGAACAGACCCGGAAGUCCAAGCCGUUCUACUCAGAAAUCCUUCUUGACUGA